GUUAUUGCUAGGGGACAAACAGCCUCUCAGCAACCGCUGUUACAUCUUCAGCUUGGGUAGAAAGGCAGCUGUAUACCAUCCCUGGUGCGGCAAAGUGUGAGGUUUACUUUGUCGCAGCUAAAUUUGAGUAGCAGUUUAGUCUUUUUCAUUUUUUGCGAUGCUUUACGCGACGGAGGUGUUGUAAUAUAUUAUAAUGUAGCCGUUAGCAGUGGUUUGUUUAUCUGGCGGGGUGGACAGAGCCGAGUCUCCGUGUAGCUGCUGCCAUUGCUGCUGUCGGACUGGUUGUGUGCCUGCUGAUGCUGGGCCUCUGGCACAGAUUGCAGGCUGCCGUUCAGAACCGUCAUGUUGUUGCUAAUUGACAUGAUGGCAUCACGCAGCUGCGGGUGUUUCAUUUGCACAUGCAUGAUGUGAAUCUCCUGUUCCAUCACAUCCCAAAGAAUACUUGUUUGACUUGUCUGUGAGGCCCAGAACUUCAAACUGGCUGAAAUGGAUGAGCAAAGUGUUGAGAGCAUCGCUGAGGUGUUUCGAUGCUUCAUUUGCAUGGAGAAACUGAGGGAUGCUCGCCUCUGUCCACAUUGCUCCAAACUCUGCUGCUUCAGCUGUAUACGACGAUGGCUGACGGAGCAGAGAGCACAGUGUCCACACUGUCGGGCUCCACUUCAACUGAGGGAGCUUGUCAACUGUCGCUGGGCGGAGGAGGUCACCCAGCAGCUGGACACCCUGCAGCUCUGCAGCCUCACCAAGCACGAGGACAACGAUAAAGACAAAUGUGAGAACCAUCACGAGAAGCUGAGUGUUUUCUGUUGGACCUGUAAGAAAUGCAUCUGUCACCAGUGUGCCCUGUGGGGAGGCAUGCACGGCGGCCACACCUUUAAGCCCCUGGUGGAGAUUUAUGAGCAGCAUGUGACCAAAGUGAAGGAGGAGGUUGCCAAGCUGCGCCGCCGCCUCAUGGAGCUCAUCAGUCUGGUGCAGGAAGUGGAGAGGAACGUUGAGGCAGUCAGGGGUGCCAAAGACGAGAGGGUCCGAGAGAUACGAAACGCCGUGGAAAUGAUGAUCGCUCGUCUGGACAACCAGCUCAAGAAUAAGCUCAUCACCCUCAUGGGCCAGAAGACGUCCUUGACCCAGGAGACGGAGCUGCUGGAGUCUUUGCUGCAGGAGGUGGAGCAUCAGCUUCACUCCUGCAGUAAGAGCGAACUGAUCUCAAAGAGCCCAGAGAUCCUCCUCAUGUUCCAGCAGGUCCACCGGAAACCCAUGCAGUCCUUCGUCACCACGCCCGUUCCUCCAGACUUCACCAGUGAGCUGGUUCCUGCCUAUGACUCCAGCACUUUUGUUCUAGUCAACUUCAGCACCCUGAGGCAGCGGGCUGACCCGGUCUAUAGCCCUCCCCUGCAGAUCUCUGGCCUGUGCUGGAGACUCAAAGUCUACCCAGAUGGUAACGGUGUGGUUCGUGGAAACUAUCUGUCUGUGUUCCUCGAACUGUCUGCAGGACUUCCCGAAACAUCAAAAUAUGAGUACCGUGUGGAGAUGGUCCAUCAGGCCUCCAGUGACCCCACAAAGAACAUAAUUCGGGAGUUUGCCUCUGACUUUGAGGUCGGUGAAUGCUGGGGCUACAACCGCUUCUUCAGGCUUGAUCUUCUAGCCAGUGAGGGAUACCUGAACAUGCAGACAGACACACUGGUCCUCCGCUAUCAGGUUCGCUCACCUACCUUUUUCCAGAAGUGCCGAGAUCAGUACUGGUACAUCAGCCAGCUGGAGUCGGCCCAGAGUGGCUACAUCCAGCAGAUCAACAAUCUCAAAGAGAGGCUCGCUAUCGAGCUAUUUCGCCGUCAGACCUCACGCAGCUCCUCGCCUCCUGACCUGAGGCUCGCUGUAGGCACCACGACCUCUGAAAGAGACCCUCGCUCGGUGAAGAGUGAUGAUGAGAUUCAGACCACUUUGAGCAACACUAAGAAAGGAGAAGAAGAAGAGAGGACACAACAUGAUGACUCUAAUGAGCUGUCAGACGGUGACCUGGAGGUGGACUGUCUGACAGAAGAGGAGGUGAACCCUCUGGAUGGCAGCAGCACUUCAGGGAGCUCCACAGCCACCAGCAACACUGAGGAGAAUGACAUAGACGAGGAGACCAUGUCCGGGGAGAAUGAUGUCGACUUCAUCGGCAACCUGGACACAGAAGAAGGAGAGCUUCCUGAUGACUUGGCUGGAGCCACGGGCGGUUCCAGCUCCAGUGUGCGAUCAUUACACCGUAGUGCUGCAGCUGCUGCCGGUCGUAGUAGUAGUGGCAGUGGAGCUGCCGCUUCUGCUGCUGCCGCCACCGGUGCUGUUGGGUCAGGCGGUAACAGCCUCCUGGAGAUCGACCCAGUCAUUCUGAUCCAGCUGCUGGAUCUGAAGGAGCGCAGCAGCGUGGAGUCCCUGUGGGGUCUUCAGCCUCGGCCUCCGGUGUCUCUCCUCCACAGCCAAGCUCAUCCUCACUCAAGGAAGGAACGAGAGCGGCGUCCGCAGGUGGUGCGACGAUCGGCUCCAGACUCGGGGGUCCUCAUCCGCCUCAAGGCUCAGAUGGCUGAGGUCCGCAGCAAGAUGGCCGACGUCAAGUGUCAAGUGCUGGAGGCGCGGGGGUCAAGAGCCAGGCCUGGCCCAUCUGGGGCCUUCGGCACUGAAGAGCUGCCGUCUCAUCACAGCGAUUCAGAGAUGGCAGCUUGUCAUAAACCCAGCGAGCUCGACCUGGUGGGCAGAGCAGCUGCGGCUCGAGCCAGACCCUGCCGCCCCGCCAGGAAGUCUCUGUCUCCUGUCCUGGACAGCAGCUCUCUGGUUGUGAAGAGGAGGAGUCCAGAGGAGAUGGAAAAAGACCUGAGAGGAGCAGAAGCUGCUCCGGAGCUCAGCCUGCAUCCUAAAGAUGGGAUGGGAGGAGCAGAGGGAGUGCUGAAGGCUGACAGCCUCCAGGGGCCCCUGGUGUCUCUCGGCAGCACCGCAUCAGAGCAGCCCUCCACCUCUAAGCAGCAAUAUACGAUGGAGCAACAGCUAUACGGGGCCUCGGGGUCCAGGGAAGACAUCUUCACCUUGGGAGCACCGAGCUACAUGACUUCAAGCAAAAACUGUGGCAGCAGGAGCCUGGGGGCAGCUGCGUUGGACUGUGAAUCUGAGAGCUCAGGAAACUCCCAUCAGUCCUUGCCGGAGGGGCCGUCUGCACAGCUGCCGUCAUGUGAAGAUCAGCCGGCGUCUGUCCUGGUGACGGCUACAAGCAGCGACAGCGACACUGAGGACGAGGCCCUGCAGAGCAACAACUCUCGCUACGACAACCACACUCCACCCUGCACAGGAGAGCAGCUCCUGUCUGAUGACAUGAGUCUACCUGCUGACAGGUGAGCGCGGCAGAGCGCCGGCUUCACGCCACAAUAACGACGCAAUAACGGCUGGAGAGGACACAUGUGCUAGUUACACAGAGCUGUAGAGUAGAAACUAUUUGUUAUGCAUGAACUGAAAACAAACACUUUUUUCUUAGUUUCCUAAAUGUUUUCAUUAUAGGACCAUGGCAUAAGUUAAUGAAAUAACUGUUAAGGGCAUCACUUCAUGUUGUGCAGAAACAACAGAGCCGCUCCCUUCAAGACAAACAACAUCACAGUUUGAUUUUAAAGUUGUUUUUCUCUGUUCUGGGUUUGUCUUCAUUCGGGGGUUUGACCCCUCGGUGCUGCUUUUUGCUCAUCAGUGUGGCUGUUAUAUAGCAACACUGGGUUUACGUAAGUCAGUUAGUCUCAUUAUUUAAUAGCCACGUACUAAUGGCGACACUGCUGUUUGUUUAAUGACUGAAUUUCUAACAGUGUUAGGUGCAUAGAAGCAGGACUGCAGUGCUUUUUAGUCACUUUAUUUAAUUCCUUGUGUAUAAAUGCUUUUCUAAGUCUGGCCUGUCUACAGCAUAUAUAUGUAAAUAAUAUGUAGCCUGUCAAUAAGAGUUUAGUGUUUCUACUGCUGUGCUGUUCAUGCAGAGUUCAGUCUUCCUGCCCUUCAGGCUCAGCACCUUCUCCUCUUCCUUCACCCACUCGGCUCUCUUUAUCCACCGCUCAAACGCUUCGUUUCAAACACGCAGUUUUCGUUUUCUUUUUCUCGAGGUGAGCCAUUAGCUUUCCUUGUAAGUCAUGUAAAUGUCUUCCCUCCUAAUAACAGCCGCGUCAGACUUUAUUUGACAUUUGAAAAGGCUAAACGAACAACUGAGUAACGUGGUUUAUGAAGCUGCCGCUGCAGUCUGUGGGCUGAAACUUCAUAGCAUGCCGCAGCCUCCGCGGUGACGCUCAGACUCUCAGGCAGGUGUUUUCACUUCAACAGCUGCAUAAACACCAGUGACUGGAGGGCAACGGGCCUCCGCCCGCAGAGACCGACACACACACAGCACAUCUGACAGCUCAUCAGUUAUUGUUAAUUUAAAGGAGCAGUCUGAGUUUGGGUCUUCUCUUGAUUCUGUAAAAAUCUUUGUUAGCUUUACUGGACUCUAUCCACACCUGCUCCUCUCCAUUCCCACAGAUUCAAACACUACUAAAACAACUGCCCUCUUAUUUUUUUUUUUUUUUUUUUUUAUUCCAUGUUUUAAGUCUGCAGUGAGUGAGCGAGCAUUGAAGAGCUGAAACUGAGGCAGUAGCUCUGUUUAAAUUAUUAGUAACACCUCUGUGUUCCUGAUGUGGCGUGUCAGCACGUCUGCUGUGGAGAGUUUCUGUAGGUGGGCUGUACUCAGGCACAAAAGUGCAAAUUUUAAAGGGCUAGUACACCCAAAUUAAAAAGCUUACGUAGUGGUAUCUAUUAGUGAGAUUGCUGUUCUUACAAGGACACGAUGGAGGGGCAUGCAGGGCAUUUACUUAGUACUCUCUCGAUUAAUCCUACGGAUCAUUUUUUCAGGAUUUUUUAUUUGGCGUAUUUAAUGGUCCCAGAGAGUGAAAAAUGACCGUCGUAGAAAUCAGAAAGUUUGCCUGUUAAUUUCCUCUUUAUCUAGAUUUACUGAAUAAUUACUGCACCUCUAGGUGAGUGCUAAUUAGUUUGGGGAGCUCUGAAAAAUGACUUUCCUUCUAGACCCUCUUACUGUUGGUAAUUUAAUUGGAAAUAUGUGGGGGCCUUCUAAUGAAAACUUCCCAGGAUGGAAGUUUUUUGAGUUUGGGGGGGGGGGCAAACUAAACAAAAAUAAUCUGCACAGAAUAAAAGUACGUUUCUAAUUUUGGGUGAACUGACCCUUUAAAGUCGAGGCACAUUUAGUUUUCUGAGGAGUUGACAGCAGAGCUUAAUAAGAAUCGCUGUAAUUAUGUAACGUGUGCUCUGCUGCCCUGCUGGCUUUUCUUGAUGGAUUAAUUAUUUCUCACCUCACAUCUCUGAACAAACGGAGUGAACACGAGUGAAACGCUGUUGCUGCACUUCACUGGGAGAAAACAUGUCGAGCACUCUGUCAGACCUUUCUCCUUCACCCUUCAGCAUUUUAAAAGCCACUUAUUCUUCCCAUAAUCGGGAGUUUGUGUUGUAAAUAUGUUGGAGUAUGUUCUUUUGAGGCUGUGCCUGAAUGCACAUGGCUUUAACAGCUGGACUGAAAGAAGAUGGACUUCUUGUGCGCACCAAGUCUUUACACUAGAAAUUGAAAAAGUCCAUUGCAGCUCAUCUUGUAAAUUCCGCCUUUUCGCCUGUUACUACUGUUGCUCGCUUUCACAUACAUGACCGAAACAUGGAAAAGCUCAUAUUCUUCACUUGUUGUUUUGUCAAAAGCUGCUUUUGUUUUACAUUUCCAGAAGUUGCAGUCUAUAAUUUUAUGUGUAUAUUUCCUUUUUCUUGUGUGUGUAAUAAAUAAAAUGUUUUAUGAUACUGAGAAA